AUGGAGGCACACAAGCACCUGCUCGCCCUGGCACUCCUUCUGCUCACCUUUGGGGAACACCUGGCCUCCUCGGCCCCCAGUUCAGCAGAAGCCAAGAAGGGCUACUGCUUCCAGGUGCCUCCGCUGGGCGAUGUCUUUGACGAGAAGGACUGCAGCACCUGCGAGAAGAACGGGUCCUGCUCCACUUGCGCCAGCGAUGCCCAGUGCCCAGCCACCCAGAAGUGCUGCCCCGGAGACUGCGGCUAUGUCUGCCAGGAGGCCAUUUUUGUGAAAGACGGGGUGUGUCCUCCAAAAAUUGGUUCCUGGGACCCCAAGCAAUGCCGCACUAAAUGCACGAGGGACAAGCAAUGCCCCGGGAAGAAGAAGUGCUGCCAGGUCGGAUGUGGAAAGGAGUGCUUGGAGGCAAUGCCAGUGUGCUAA